CAAUGUCACACACACUCGAAGAUUUACUGGUGGAAGCCAAAAAAAAAAACUGCCAGAAGAAGCAGGCAGGCAUCGGCGAAAAGACUCCAGGUAAACAAAUAGAAGAUGGAGGUGAUGAAAAUAACCAACGAACAGCAAAAACAACAAGCAGGAGCAUUCACAAUCAACGGGAGAGAUUUGGCAGAGAUCACUUCCUUCACUUAUCUGGGGAGCACGGUUCCCAUCUCAGGCAGUCGGAACGGAUAAAGAUUUCAAAGCCAGGAGGAUUCGGAAGGGUAAGAUACGCCUUCAUCAACCUGAAACCAGUUUGGAAAUCUUCUACAUUCAGACAACAUGAGAGACAAGAUUCAGAUUUUCAACAAAAAUGUGAAGUCAGUCACUCAAUUCUUCUACAUGGGUCAAAAACUUGCACUGUGUCAGUCAUGAAAAUGAUUUCCAACAAGUUACUGUAGAUUUUUAUCAACAGCUGAACACUUCGCUGGCUCUAUACUGAAGAUUGAAUGGCUGGCAAUAAACCAACCAAGAGCCGAUUACUCAACAAAUCUACAGGAGAAAAUGGAGAUGGAUAAGGCACACAUUGAGGAGGACAUCAAAUGACAUCGCGUACAAUGCAGGCCAUCAAUCGAGUGGAAUCCCAAUGGGAAACGAUGAAUGGGUCGUCCUAGGGUGACAUGGAGAAGAUUGUGUGGCGAGGGGGAGGUGGGAGAUUAUGGGCAAUCAUGGGCUCAGCUGAAAAUGGUGAUAGAAAAUAGAACAAAGUUCAGAUGUGUUGUUCUACUCGGAACCCAAGGGAAUAACAAUAGUAAUUAUAAUUAAUGUUCUAUUCCAAUAAGUGAAUUUAUGACUAGGCUGUCUAGAUUACACCUGACACAGUGUCGUAGAGACAACCUAUGCUUAUGAAUAUCUGUCUAUCUAUCUGUCUAUCUAUCUAUCUAUCUAU